CCCGCCGGAGCCCCGAGCGCAGCCACUGAGGGCAGCAGCGGCGGCGGCGGGAGCGAGGCAGGCGCGCAGCGAGCGGGAAAAAGCAGCAGCAGCAGCCGGUGCCGCCGCCGCUGCCGCCGCCGCCGCCGCCGCGACGUGUCCCCGGCGCCGGGCUGCCGGCGAGUCUGGAGCCCGCGCCGUCGCCCGCCGCGUCCUCCGGGCAUGGAAGGAGGCGGCAAGCCCAACUCGUCGUCCAACAGCCGGGAUGACGGCAACAGCGUCUUCCCCGCCAAGACGCCCGCGACGGGCGCGGGGCCGGCCGGGGCCGACAAGCGCCUGGGGACCCCUCCGGGGGGCGGCGGGGCCGGCGCGAAGGAGCACGGCAACUCGGUGUGCUUCAAGGUGGACGGCGGCGGCGGCGGCGGCGAGGAGGCGGCGGGGGGCUUGGAGGACGCCGAGGGGCCGCGGCGGCAGUACGGCUUCAUGCAGCGGCAGUUCACCUCCAUGCUGCAGCCCGGGGUCAACAAAUUCUCCCUCCGUAUGUUCGGGAGCCAGAAGGCGGUGGAGAAGGAGCAGGAAAGGGUUAAAACUGCAGGCUUCUGGAUUAUUCACCCUUACAGCGAUUUCAGGUUUUAUUGGGAUUUAAUAAUGCUUAUAAUGAUGGUUGGAAAUCUAGUCAUCAUACCAGUUGGAAUCACAUUUUUUACAGAACAGACAACAACACCAUGGAUUAUUUUCAAUGUGGCAUCAGAUACAGUUUUCCUGUUGGACUUGAUCAUGAAUUUUAGGACUGGGACUGUCAAUGAAGACAGUUCUGAAAUCAUCCUGGACCCAAAAGUCAUCAAGAUGAAUUAUUUAAAAAGCUGGUUUGUGGUUGACUUCAUCUCAUCAAUUCCAGUGGAUUAUAUCUUUCUAAUUGUAGAAAAAGGCAUGGAUUCUGAAGUUUACAAGACAGCCAGGGCACUUCGCAUCGUGAGGUUUACAAAAAUUCUCAGCCUCUUACGUUUACUGCGACUUUCAAGGUUAAUUAGGUACAUACAUCAGUGGGAAGAGAUAUUCCACAUGACGUAUGAUCUUGCCAGUGCAGUAGUGAGGAUCUUUAAUCUCAUCGGCAUGAUGUUGCUGUUGUGUCACUGGGAUGGUUGCCUUCAGUUCUUGGUCCCACUGCUGCAGGAUUUCCCACCAGAUUGCUGGGUGUCUCUCAAUGAAAUGGUUAAUGAUUCCUGGGGAAAGCAGUAUUCAUAUGCUCUCUUCAAAGCGAUGAGUCACAUGCUAUGCAUUGGGUAUGGAGCCCAAGCCCCAGUCAGCAUGUCUGACCUCUGGAUUACCAUGUUGAGCAUGAUUGUCGGGGCCACCUGCUAUGCCAUGUUUGUUGGCCAUGCCACUGCUCUAAUCCAGUCCUUGGAUUCUUCAAGGCGGCAGUAUCAAGAGAAGUAUAAGCAAGUGGAACAAUACAUGUCCUUCCAUAAAUUACCGGCUGAUAUGCGUCAGAAGAUACAUGAUUAUUAUGAACAUAGAUACCAAGGCAAAAUCUUUGAUGAGGAAAACAUCCUCAAUGAACUGAAUGACCCUCUGAGAGAGGAGAUAGUCAACUUCAAUUGUCGGAAACUGGUGGCUACAAUGCCUCUUUUUGCUAACGCGGAUCCUAAUUUUGUCACUGCCAUGCUGAGCAAGUUGAGAUUUGAGGUGUUUCAACCUGGAGAUUAUAUCAUACGAGAAGGAGCUGUGGGCAAAAAAAUGUAUUUCAUCCAGCAUGGUGUGGCUGGUGUCAUCACAAAGUCAAGUAAAGAAAUGAAGCUGACAGAUGGCUCCUACUUUGGAGAGAUUUGCUUGCUGACUAAAGGACGUCGCACAGCCAGUGUCCGAGCGGAUACGUAUUGCCGUCUCUAUUCUCUGUCGGUGGACAAUUUCAAUGAAGUCCUGGAGGAAUACCCUAUGAUGAGAAGAGCUUUCGAGACUGUUGCUAUUGACCGACUAGACCGAAUAGGAAAGAAAAACUCCAUUCUUCUGCAAAAGUUCCAGAAGGAUCUGAACACUGGUGUUUUUAACAACCAGGAGAAUGAGAUCCUGAAGCAGAUUGUGAAACAUGACAGGGAGAUGGUACAGGCAAUUGCUCCGAUCAGUUAUCCUCAAAUGACAGCCCUGAAUUCCACAUCUUCAGCUGCUACCCCAACCUCACGCAUGAGGACACAAUCUCCACCGGUGUACACAGCAACCAGCCUAUCUCACAGCAACCUGCACUCCCCCAGCCCCAGCACACAGACCCCCCAGCCUUCUGCCAUUCUCUCCCCCUGCUCCUACACCACCGCGGUCUGCAGCCCUCCGGUUCAGAGCCCGCUGGCCACUCGAACUUUCCACUACGCCUCCCCCACUGCCUCCCAGUUGUCACUGAUGCCUCAGCAGCAGCAGCAGCAGCAGCUCCAACAAUCCCAGGUCCCGCAGACUCAGCCGCAGCAGCAGCAGCCCCAACAGCCACAGACACCAAGCAGCUCCACGCCGAAAAACGAAGUGCACAGGAGUACGCAGGCGCUUCAUAACACCAGCCUGAGUCGAGAAGUCAGGCCCCUCUCGGCCUCGCAGCCCUCGCUGCCCCAUGAGGUUUCCACUCUGAUUUCCAGACCUCAUCCCACUGUGGGCGAGUCCUUGGCCUCCAUUCCGCAGCCGGUGACAGCUGUCCACAGCACGGGCCUGCAGGCGGCGAGCAGGAGCACUGUCCCCCAGAGAGUCACCCUCUUCCGACAGAUGUCAUCGGGAGCCAUUCCGCCCAAUCGAGGGGUCCCCCCUGCACCCCCUCCACCAGCUGCCCCUCUUCAGAGAGAGUCUUCCUCAGUCUUAAACACAGACCCUGAGGCAGAAAAGCCACGAUUUGCUUCAAAUUUAUGAUCCCUGCUGAUUGUUGAAGCAGAAAGAAAUACUCCAAUAAACUGAGACUAUCUCAGCUUUUAUUUUAUUCGAUCUCCUGAUAGAUCCCUAUAACUAUGAAGAGAUAUUUUAGACAGCUCUGUCCUACAUGCAAAUGUAAAAAUAUAUAUAUAUGCUAUAUACUAUUAAAUAGAUAUCUAAAAUCCCAAGAGAAAUGCAAAAGACCUGUUUAGCAUUCAGUGUUAUAUGUCUUCUUUUCUUUAAAACAUUAAAGGAUUUAAACCGUU